AACCGAUGUGUGUAAACACCACGACUGUCCCCCAAAAACGCGACACGUGCGCUCAGCCGAUUUCAAACAGCAGAAAUGCCAAAAGCAGCAAAAGGGAAGGGAGCGGUGGAGAAAAAGGUGGUGCAUCCAUACAGCAGGAAAGCAGGGUACCUGGCCAGAGCAGCUAUCAAACAAGAAAGAAAAGAAAAGUUAAAAAGUGAAAAAGCCCAGCGUUUAAAUAUAAUUAGGGAAAAGCUGUUGUGGUUCCAAAAUCAGUUGGCCACUGACAAGCUAGAAUAUUCUAAGGAAGAUGCUUGUGAGAUCAUCGAGAGGUAUCUGCACCGCUUUGAUGGAGAGCUGGAGCAGAUCGAGCUGGCGAACAGUAUCAAAGGCCGGCAGGGGCGGCUCCACGGCUCCAGGGAGGCCGCCGUGAAGCAGACGAUCGAGAGAGAGAGGGCCCAGUACGAGGGCGCUGGCUUUGAGAUCCCAGAUAUAAUGAACUCGAAACAUCUAAAAACAUUCAGGGAGUGGAAUGGCGACCUGAAGAAACUGCCCAACAUCAAGAUGCGGAAGGUUUCAGCAAAAAGGUCAGACAGCAAAUGUACUGCAGCACAAAAGUUGCACGCUGAGGAAGAGGAGUAUAUGAGUGGUGAGGAAGAUAAGACAUCUCUGGACUCCGAUGAACUUCUGGAAGACAACCUCCAGUCUAUCACAUUGUGAAGUGAGGCCAUGCAGCUAUCUUGUUCAGUAUGGAUGACUAUCUCUAUAAAGUGGAAAAGAGUGAGUUGCUAAUGGACCUUGAGGUUUUUCAGUAACAGUGUUUUCGUUCCUCUCAGCCAACGAAUCCCUCCAGGACUUCACCAUUAAACCUAGGGAUGAGUAGCUCAUCAUUUACUUUGAUGGGCAAAGUUAUUUUUGACAAAUCAAGAUUAGUUACAGGAGCUGAAAACACUCCAGGCAGACAAAUUAUGCGUAAGAUUGUCCAACACGCACAGUGCCAAUAAAAUGUAUAGAGACAUUAAAAUAAAAAAUGAGAAAGAAAUGAGACUGAUUAUAUUUCUGUGAAAAUGUACCAGGGUAGCUUCCUGCAUAAGAACAGAAACAAACAUGCUUUUGUGAAUCCUUAAGCAACAUCAUUUACAUUUUGUAUAAUUAAAUUGUCACCGAAAUCUAUUAUGGGCAGCAUAAAAUUAAAUAUUUCUAAAAUGUAUGUAUA